AUGUCUUUCACAGACAAUAAUACAAAGAAGCGACCACUAAAAUUUGUGUCUGAAGGCAUAACAGACCUCGAGACGCAGAAGGUGCGUGAACAGAUAGAGCAAUCAAAAUUCGAAGCAGAGUGUAAAAGAAGAGAUAGGAAAUCACUGAGAGAGCAGCUAAGAUCGAAUGCAAUAAAUAAACAAAAAGAAUAUCAUCAGUUGGUAAAGGAAAAAGAUGGAUUCAACAGGCUGAGCCAGGCAGAGUUAGAUUUUUUCCAGAAGAUUGAAGAUGAUGAGAGACAAAAGGAAGAAGAACUUCAACAAUAUUUGAAGGACAAGGGCAUACAAUUUGAGCAGAGAAAAUCAGAAAUUACAAAUUCGAAGAAAGAAGUACCGAAAGAUGACGAACUGAACCUAAUAACCAAAAAGACAGGCCCCCAGGAAAACUUGAAUGGCAUAAUAAAAAAAAAAAACAAGCCUAAGAUAAAAAUGAAAUUGAAAAAACUACCUUAA